AGCAGCCAGUCGUUCUCGCGGCUGCGCACGUGGAGACAGUAGUAGUUGAGUUGCAGCUGCGGUCGUCGUUGUUGAGGGUUUACAGCGCGCGCGCUCUCAUCUUCCGCCACCUUUUGUCGCUACUUUCUUGCCACGGUUAUGUCUCGAGCGCUGAUGCUGUCUGCUGCGGCACGUCUCGCGCACUUUCCUGAGCCACCGCGCGGGUGAAGGAACGACUUUGUCGCGCUUCAGUACCUGCUGAGGAUGAGACCCGCGUAACUUCGGGCUGCCGUUGUCUCAUCUCCCCCUCUCCCGCGCUCUCCACGUUGAGUCAUUGUACAUAAGUAUGGUAGAUAAAGGGCCCUUGUUGACCUCUGCCGUUAUUUUUUACCUGUCCAUUGGGGCGGCGAUUUUUCAAGUCCUGGAGGAGCCGAACUGGAAGCUGGCCGCGCAGCAGUACCGAGAGCAGAAGGAUAAGAUACUCGAGGACUACCCGUGUCUGACCAAAGAUGAUCUGGACAGAAUCCUGGAGGCGGUGUCUGACGCUGCAGGCCAUGGGGUCACCAUCACUGGCAGUAAGACCUUCAACAACUGGAACUGGCCGAAUGCCGUCAUUUUUGCUGCCACCGUUAUCACCACCAUUGGCUAUGGAAACAUUGCCCCCAAAACCCCAGCCGGACGUGUGUUUUGCAUCUUCUAUGGACUCUUCGGUGUGCCGCUGUGUCUUACCUGGAUCAGUGAGCUCGGGAAGUUCUUCGGUGGCAGAGCCAAGCACCUGGGCCAGUAUCUAACAAAGAAAGGAUUUUCACUGAGAAAGGCUCAGUUCACCUGCACAGCCAUAUUUCUCCUCUGGGGUGUGCUGGUCCAUUUAGUACUUCCACCUUUUGUCUUCAUGUCUCAGGAGGGUUGGACAUACAUCGAAGGCUUGUACUUCUCAUUUGUCACCUUGACCACAAUUGGAUUUGGGGAUUUGGUAGCAGGUGUGGAACCAAAUAAAGAAUACCCAACUCUAUACCGUUACUUUGUGGAGGUGUGGAUUUAUCUGGGCCUGGCCUGGCUUUCUUUGUUCUUCAACUGGAAAGUGCGCAUGGUUAUCGAGGCUCACAAGGCACUGAAGAAGCGCCGCAAGCUGCGCAAGCUGUCUCUGGAUGAGCUCCGACAGUACAAAGAGUCGCACAAGGCCUCCCCGCGUUUGCCGCCCACUCCUAACGACGUCAACAUCUUCAGCUUUCUGUCCAAGAAGCAGGAAGGCUACAAUGACUUGAUAAAGCAGAUUGGCAGCAAAAAAGACGCCCGGAUCACGAGCAACACCGCGGCCAAGUCCAAAGAUUACAGUCGCUCCAAGAGUUGCAACGAUGCUGCGACGCUGAACACGCACACCAUCCUCAGUCUGGACCGCUCGCCGCGCCAGAAGAGACGCUACAGCUUCAGUGACCGCGUCACAGUUGCUUUUUCAAAGUCCAAGAACUACCUCCUGGGCUCAGACAACGGUUUGCUGCUAACAGAAGAUCAUGUAGAGGGUGACCUAGAACUAAACCAGGACCAAAUGUAUGAGAAUCAACUUGAUAAGGACGUGGACCUCGAGAAACAGGGAAUGGGAGACUGUGGAGCAGGUGGUCGGAGGACGUGGGACUCUAAAGAGUAUCAUCCCUUAACAUUCCAAAAUGCAAACAUUACUUUUAUUGAUGAGGAAAACUUCCUCAGCAAUAACUUAGAGGAGGAGGAGGAGGACGACGACGAUGAUUCCAAAGCAAAACUCUCCAUUACGACAUGUGAUGAAAACAUUGAAACGAGUUCCAAGGAGGAGCAGAGUUCUGAGUGUGAAGGGUCGGUGUUCACGAGUGACGGAUCCGAACACAGCCGCUCCUACGAGGAACUCGUCGAGGAAUACGCCAAGGAAGACAACACAGAGUCUUGAGUUGUUGUUAUUCGUUAACUAUGAGUGGACACAGAGCUCGGCGCUCGUCAGUGGAAUUCUAACGUGAACCAUUUGAAUGGAGAUCAGCUGACCCGGUGCACUUUCUUCAGGUCUGAUCAUGAGACGUUUUAAAAGAUGAACUUCCUGUAAACUCUUGAACAAAUGAUGUGUGACGUAUAAAUAACCCCGCGAGUAUUCAACAGUUGCUCUCUCUCUCUGUCAGUGACACAGUUUGAGAAAUGAAGUGUCGCAUGUUUUCAUGAGUGUUUUUAACUCAUGGGCUGAUGAGGAAUCCUGUGGAAAUGACUUUGAUUUCACGUGGUUUCUUCCAUAUUUAUUCACCAUAUUGGUGUUUUUAAUAGUAUUUAUUGAAAUGAAGGACAAAGUAGCUUUUUUAUUUAAAUGAAUAAAGGGUAAAAUAUGUCUCCCAAUGCACAGUUCCACCAAAUGAGGACAAUUUUAAGUCCCUUCCAUUUCAGACUGUCUUUUUAAAACCUGAGCCAAACAUUUGUCCUUGAAGAAAAUGUAAUUAAAGAAAGGGUUAUAUGUGCCUCUGGUAUUUCAUUGGUUUAUAUUGUGAAGUCCUUUUUAUAACUUGUGUCUUUUUGUUUGUUGUGUUCUCUUUUUUACUGUAUGCAACAUGUUUAUGACUGCACUAGACGUCAUCACUGAACAGACGGCAUAGAAGUCCGACGUGGAACCAACCCAGAGUAGACUUAGAAAAGGAAGUCCAUUCAUUUCUUGAAAAGAGAAACAUUUUCUGCAGAAUUUCAAUUUUCUGCCAGUGAGACGGUUUCAACUUUCUCCUUUUGUACUCCUGUUCCAAGCUUUUCAAACUUCUGUAAAGUCAGCUUUGCAAGUAAUCCUGCCACUGGGACACAGACAUGUAUUCAGAAUACACUUUAAACCCUCUGUCGAUGCACAUUUCACUGACCGUGUGUCAAUUCUGUGCCUUAAACGGGGGAAUGAAACUCUCACAGCAGAACGAGUCUCACUCUCCACGUUCAUUUCAUUGUAUUUGCCAUGUAAAUGUUGGCUGGAGGCCCAUCGGUAGCCACAAACACAGCUCCGCUCAGGACGUGGCCUUGCUCCUUGUUUGUCUUUGUGGGGCUCACACUGGCAUGGGUGGCUGAAGUAUGGCGUGUGACAAGCAGCCGAGGUUAACUUGUAACAGAUCAAUGGUCUCUUUGACGCACGUUUCUGUCAUGAGACUCGCUCGGCAGUAUUGGUGCUCUCAAAUGUUUUCUUGUAUAGUGUUUCCUUUUGUUCCAUGUGAAUGCAGCUGUACUCUUGAGAGACCAGUGUUUAAUGUCCGUUGUGUUUCAGUCUGUAACAACUGCCCUGCUAACUUACUGCCAUUUGCACAUGUUCAACUUGCACACAAAACCUUAAAAAACAGUGUUUAAAAAAUGAGAGCGAGGCUGUCGUUUCAAACACAGUGAGUCCUCUCGUUCAUGCCAGGUUCUGUAAUGUUGGAAACUCUACUUCCACACUAUCCUGACUCCCUAAGCCUUAUGGAUGACUGCUCGUAAAUGAAAAUGUCCUAAAAUCCACUGCAAAGCAGCGAGGAUCCUUUAGUCUGAUGAAACAUCUGUGGAAUGUGCUUUGUAGUAAAUCACUGAAAAGGUGUAAUCUUUCACACUGGGUGUUUUUCUUUCCCUUCUUUUACUCCUGUGUAGUUCACCAUAGGGACAUUACCUUUGUAAGUAUUCAACCUCCCCCCCCCCCCCCCCUCUCAUUUUCACUGUUUUUCUCUGGACAUCUUAGUGCUGUAUUGUGAUGCAGCUGUGGUACUUGUGGUCCAAACUGAAGUGUGUCUCCAGAUCACUAUCUCAGAGCAGGUUAGGCUGGUUUAACCCAUUGUCUGUCUGUGUGUAGAUUUCAUGUAAAUGUUGCUCCAUUGUGUAAAAACUCCAUUAUGUUUGUGUUGUAGUUUCUUUUCCUUUUUUUAUGAUUAAAUUAUUCCUUUUUUUUGUCAACGUUUGUAUUGUAAUUGACAAAACUGUAUAUUUCAUGAAAAAUAAACAUUUAAUAAAACUUGAA